AUGGCCUAUCAACAUCACAAUGGACCACCUCCUCAACCGUAUGCUCCCCCUUAUGAGCCUCAAGCACCACCUCAAUAUGGGGCACCACCUUACGGAGGUGGUCAACCUUACCCUCCACAACAGCAACAACCUUAUGGUAUGCAGCCACCCUACGGUGGUCAACCUCAACCACCUUAUGGACAACCACAACCUCCCUAUGGAGGACAACAACCACCCUACGGACAACAUGUACAUUAUGGACCAGGACCGGGACCAGGACCAUAUCAACAACCUCCUCCACAGCCAUAUUAUCCUCCAACACAACAACAGAACCAAGAGGAUGAUUGUUGCAAAUGGUGUUGUGGAUUAACAUGCUUGUCACUUCUAUGUUGUUGUUUGAUGAAUCAUGAUUAA